CGAGGGGCCGUGUUCAUAUACACAGCUGGGCGCGUGCGUCCUCUGUGGGCUCCUUAGCCAGAACGCUCGGGCCCGCAAAAGCGGCGGGCAUUUCCGUAACCAUUUUGGCUCAAGGCUCAAGUUCAUAAUUUGGACACCGUCACUGUACUUGACCCAUUCUCCCGCUUGUUGUAAUCAGCGCGUGGGCGAUGUUCCGGACUAUGUGGCCGCAUUCGGUGGCCGCUUUAUUGUUCACCUUUGCAGUUCAGGUCGGAGCUUUGCAGACGAAGGCGACGGCUGAGUUGGAUGCGUUGUCGGAUGUGUGGAGCUUCUCCAAGCUCGUCGAUGCUGUGUACUCCGACGACAAAGUUCGCAUGCGAUAUGCACGCAAAAGUAUCAUAUCUCUUUUGUGAAACAAAUGACUUUCGCUAUGAGUUCAAGGCAACAGAUUGUAAGCCGAUAGCCAAGGCUCGCAAUGACGACAACGGCCACAACGUGCACCACGAAUUUGUGUUUGCCCUUGUGGGCAACAUUCAGAGCAAUGAGUCCUUCGACGCUUUCACUCAGUCCUACAACGCCGUACGACAUUUCCAUCCACAUAAUGCAGUCAUUGUCGUCGACAACGCGUCUCCAACUACGUUUGGUGCCCAAAUGGUGGCUUUCGUGCAAAACGAUCCUGGAACUAUAUACUUGCGGGAAGAGUCCUCCGGAUUUGAGAUUGGCGGCUACAGACGGGCAGUGACGAGUGCCCGCAAGAGGCACUGGAAGGUAGGUGGGUGGGUGUUCUUGCAGGCAACAGCCGUGCUCUUGCAACCAUUACCUUUGAAAUCCUUGCCGUGCAAAGUCACAUCUUUCUUCGAGGUGGGCGUGACCCCUCCCCCAUGCGGCCUGCCAGAGUUCAACCAGGCGGAGUACGACGCAUUCCGUCAGAGGACCGGCGGCGAAGUCAAUUUUGCAGAGAUGGGAAUGCUUGAAUUCCGACGCCUCCGACACGAAUUUCCUCUUUGGGAUCGAUACGAGAGAUUCGUGUGUACAGACGAUCCUGGCAACUCCGUGUCGUCUGCGAUGCACAGCAUGUUUAUCGCCACGGCUGAGGGUUCAUCAGGCCUGGAAGACUUGGGUUUCUUUUCCAUACGACUUGAGAAGAAGGAGGACAGUAAUUUCAUGGAAGGUUUUAAUGGAGUCUUCCUGGCUGCCCUGGACUCUGUGAAUGAUUCGUGCUUCAUCGAUACGGAGAGACUUUAUCUCGACCAUGGAAAAGGUUCAGGUACAGGCACUUCAGUCUACAAGCAGCAUGGGGAACCCAGCGGUUGGGACCAGGGAUUCUUCGCUAGCUAUCUCAGUUUCAUCAGUGCAGUCGAUGCCAAUAGGGACACGUUGGUGGAUGCUGCGGAGAUUGCAGACGCGAAGGUUCAUCGCGCAGAGCAGUUUGGCCCGGCACUUGCCAGUCUGUGCGAAAGCAUGGCAAAUGACGAUCCAUUUCAGAAGGCUGUGGGCUGCACGCCGUAGUUUCCAGGACUCGCGAUAGUGGAACGCUUGUGGUUGAUGGGAGGGCUCGGGGCUGUGACGUGCCCGAACCCUUGGACCUGCCUCGCGCCACUCUGGAGCCGUCCUGGAGCCUUUUCUGAGGCCUGGUUCGGCUUUCUUGUUGGGCUCUGCUGAGGCUGUGUUUAGGGCAGGCGCUAAUCACUGCAGCUUUCCCCGCCUUCUCCCUCUCGUCGGACCGAGAGGGGCGCGAGUGCUCAUAGAACUCGGCACCACUUUCAUCGGCUGUCUAGCAGCAUUUGGUUGAUGCUCAAGCCGCCGCCUUGGAGCCACUGCUGGUGGGUACCAUCCCCCAGGAUACUGCAACCCAAAAGAACCACCGCAGGUUGCUGGCGCCCAGCUGUGAGGCGUUCAUCUCGGGGUCUUGCGCCCCCCCAUGGUAAAAGGGUGGUAUCUUUGUGUAGGUGGCUUGUGUAUGGAAGGAUGAGACUCAAGACUGCA